UCAGAUUUAAUAUAACUGUAUAAUGAUAGAAAUGACGAAUCAUGUUAAGCUGUCUGAAUACCUGUGUAGAUAAAAACAUCAUUUAUACAAGUGUUACAUUAAAAUUAUACUUAUAAGACAGAAAGAAUUGUAGCAAAGUCUAUUGUUAGCACCGAGCAGUGUGGAUCAGAUGGACAGGUGGUGUCAUGAUAACAGAGGUGAAGCACACUGAGCUCAUAUUGUCACAUCUGGAGAGAGAAUAGGGGAAAACUAGAUAACAGACUAGUUAGAAAGAUGGACGUUUUCACAGAGAGAAACUUCUAUUUACCACUUCUGAGAGCUGCCACUUUUUUAAAAUUAUUAUUAUUAUUAUAUAUGUAGAUCAGUUAUAUUGAUUCAGUUUUUGCAACACUCUUUUAUGUACUUCAAUGCUGCUGUUUUACUCCUGCACUACCCAAGUCAAUGCAACAGAAUUUUGUUCCGAUGUGCACUGGAAGGUGUACUCCGAAUGACAAUAAAGCCUGUCUAAGUAUAACUGAAAAUAAAUCCUAUAGAACAAUAUAGAUGGUAUACUGCUGUUUAACACGUCAAUAGAGGAAAUAGUUACCGGUCUUUGAUCGUCUCCCACCAUAGUCACAGUGAAGCCAAGAGCUACAUACGCUUCGUCAUAUUUCCUCGUCUUAGGUUUCGGGAGACUUACGUUUGUCUCAUUAUCUCCGUCUCUCUCCGCCUUUCUUUUCAUCCCUGUUAAAUAUUUUUCCAUGGUGUCUCUUAAGGGUUUGUUCACUGCACGUCAUAUCUCCUGCUCUGUGCUGUGUGCUCUUGUUUGGUGCAAAAACCCCUACCUCCUGUGCCAAAAAACAAAAAAACAAAAAACAUGUUCCCGGGGUAACACCCCCCGGCAUUACUCCGAGCCCCGCCAGGGGGGCACGCCCCACUAUUUGAGAAGGAUUGCUCUAAGUCAAGGAAGUGUUUAAAGACUGAACUUGUCAGUGAUGUGCACCACUGUUCCUCAGUAGCUCAGCUGGACUGUGAACUCACCAUGUUUUUCCACUGUGAGCUGGUCGUACUGAUACUUGCACUGACUCUCAAUGGUCAAGUUCAUACAGGGCAAAUCUAUGGAGGCCAUGAGGCUAAGCCACAUAGCAGGCCAUACAUGGUGCUGUUGGAGCGGCACAUGCAGAAUGGUCAAACAUAUUACUGUGGUGGCUUCCUCCUGAACAAGUAUUUUGUGAUGACUGCAGCCCACUGCCAAGCCAAGUCCUACACAGCCUUACUAGGAGUUCACAAUGCCCAUAACUGUGCAGGGGUACAGCGUAUACCUGUGAAAGCUGCAUUUCCACAUAAAGACUACAAUGAAACUGAAUACACAAAUGACAUAAUGCUUCUUAAGUUGAGCUCUAAGGCACAUUUUAACAACAAUGUGAGUCGCAUUGCUCUCGCAGGCCGAGGUGACGGCUCUCUGCCAAAAUCAUGUUCAGUCUCUGGCUGGGGAAGAAAUGACAGAAACUCAAAACAUAUGCCUCUGAUGCUCAUGGAAGUCAAUGUAACACUCAUUGACAAUGAGCUGUGUCGUGAGAAAAAAGUGUACUGCUCUGAGGGAGAGGCUGGACCGGGUGAGGGAGACUCUGGUGGUCCGUUGGUCUGUGAAGAUGGAAAGGUGUAUGGGGUGGUGUCUGCGUCAUGCAAAACAAACCCAGAUGGCCCGUAUGUCUACUCCUACGCUAAGAUACCUGAGAAUGCAGACUGGAUUAAUUGGAUUACUGGAAAUAAUGAAAAAUUCUGAUGCAUCAGAUCACACCUGAAUUUCAGGUUAUUGUGAAACAUUGCUAGUAUCUCCGCUGAUUCCAUUAUCACAGAGACCACCAAAUUAAAUCCUGGACUUUCUGGCUUAACACAAAUGUAAUCAAAAUAUGCUUUGCUUUGAUGAUAUCAAUUUCAUUUUAUUAACAGUUGAAUCAAGAGACUGAGAAUAGUGUAUGCUGCUGCAGUCGCAUAUCUGUCAAUAAACUCAGCUAUUGUAAGGAAAUUUGAACCAAGUAUAUGUGAGUUUUAACAAAGCCAUCAUGACACACAAGUCUAGAGUGGUGGCGAAUCAUAAUGCUAAAAAUAUGUAAUAUCUAUUUUUUUCAUACACAAUGUACCCUUUGCUCUCAAAUACAUUAUACACACACACACACACAAACUGCUUUGCUGCUUUGUGCAUUUUCUUUUAGACUAGAUCAAAUGACAACAAGUUUACUUUGUACCAUCUUUUGAAAAAAUAAACUGUUGCUCUCUCA